UAUCUCGGUACCUAUGUCAACCCUGAGAGACCAUCCCUGCAGUUUGUGAAUAACAGAGAGAAGCUCCGACAGUACCUACGUGACCUCUCUGAGGCAAAAUUGAAAAAACAGACUCAGCAGAAUUACCUCAAGAGCUUGAAAAGGUUGGCAGCAGUUUUUUUUAUUAUGAUGUUAACAGUGUAGACAAUAGAUGUAAAUGGUUGUUAUUACAUGUACAUACUUAAAUCCCUGUACUUCCUCUAACAGAUUCCUGCAUUUCCACACUGUACAAACCAACCUGAGGCAUGAGGAUGAGGCACUCCAUACAGAGUGCAAGCACUUUAUUGACUUCAUUGGUUCUCUGCAGAAAGUCACCUCCAAGCUAGUGGGCAAAGAGAUCACCCAAAAGAGGUAAGUUUAAGUGUUUGUACCCAUGUAAAUGGAUUACACUACAGAACUGGUACUCUUCUCUCUGCCUGCUGUAAUAUGAUUUGUUAAUACAGUUGAUGUUUUUUCUCAUAGGCAUGACACGUUGAUUGAAAAACAUCAAUUAACACCACAUGACUGUCGGACUGUUCUGGAGGCUGCCAAGCAGGACUUUUUGGCAAUUAUGGGUAAACUGUCUGACGGUUGUUCUGACACCCUGGAGCCUGCCGAGUCAAUCUUUGUGGUGUACUAUCUCGAGGCCAUCAUCAUCCUGAAACACCUCCAACGACCAGGCGUGGUGGAGCACAUGACUAUGAGUUUUACUGUGCUCUUUUGGUCUGUGUCGAUAAAUUGUUUAGCCAUUACAUUUACUAAUCGUUGGGAUAUCCUCAUUUUCUACAGGUCGGUGAGUGAGUUGCCAGGAAAGAAGAACGGCAACAUUACGUCAUUGGGGUAAAGGAGCACAAGACGGCAGCACAUCAAGUGGCCGUGUUUGCCUUGUCAGAGGAGGAGGAGCGUGUAAGUUCAUCACAGUGAGAUCACAUUUCCUGUGAGAACCUGUCAGAACGUGUUCAACAGCAGAAAUUCAUCUUAAUUCCCCUUUCUCCUCUGCCAACAGUGGUUUGGUACAUACUACAGACUGGUACGUCCACAGCUCCUUGAAUCCAACAGGAAACGAAAGAGGGAUGUGGAGGAUGAGUGUAAUGCAGAGGGCAGGUUCUUUGUCUCCUCCUCAGGGGGGGGGGCAAUUUACAACCCAUCAAAUGACCUGAUGAGGCUGCACUCAAAAUACAACCUCCCGUCAGUGACCAGCCAGAUGGCGCAGAGAACAUUUGAGACGGCAGCUCAGCGCUUGACAGAAGCACAAAAGUCAUUGGUGGCCGAUUACCUGACCCAUUCCAGCGCAACAGCCGAGAAGCAUUACCGCAUGAAGCAGUGUGAUAUCAUCGUGAAGACCUCUCAGCUGUUGAGCAACAUGAGUAAAGUCUCAAGAGCUGAGCCUUCUGGGGAAGGUACCAGGCAUGGUGCUGUCCCAUAUUCAUCACCCAUCAAACAGCCAGUGAUACGUCUGCCGAGGCUCCCCUCUCACAAUGAGAAGGUCAAAUUCUUCAAGGCAUUUGAAACCCUCCUGCAAACUUACCCUCUUUCACUGAAUGGGAAAAGGCCGGAAGUGAAACAACGUAGGAAUGUGUCUCAAGAGUUUCAGCGGAAGCUUCACACUUAUUGGGGGAGGAAGCAGUUGGAAAUGCGUGAAGCACAUACCCGCUCAAACUUCAGUCGGCGUAAGCCAACAAAAGAGCGACUCGAAGCAUGGAUUAAAAGGCAGGGAUGGAAGAUGACUGCCGGCCUCAGCGAUGAAGUUCUUAAGAACUGGGCACCAUCUGGAUCUGAGGACUGUACCACAGACAGCAAACAGAUACAGAAAUUGGUGUGAACACAGAAGUGGAGAGGACUUCACAUAAGUGACUUUGAAGGCAAGGGCAGAGGAAUCAUUAUGACCCGCAUAUUUGAGGCUGGCGAGGUGCUCUGUGACUAACAUGGAACUGUUGUCACAUUCAGUGAGGGCCAGAAAAUACACCAGAGCAACACUGACAGGGAGACUGGAUAUGUCUUCUUUUUCAAAAAUAAAAAAGGAGAGUUAAUGUGCAUUGAAGCCCACUCGAACACCUGUGAUUGCCACCAUGGGAUGCAGACUUUCGGCAGGUUGAUCAAUCAUUCCAAAAAGAAAGCCAACAUCAAGCCAAAGUACUGCAGUAUGGAAAUGGAUGGAGAGCAAAGGAAUGUAAUCCUUUUCCUCGCAACCAGGACUUUGUUGGUGAAUGAGGAAGUUCUGUUUGACUAUGGAGUCAACAAGAAAUCUUUUGGGGGAGAGGCCGGAGGGCUCGACUGGCUCCCGUAGCCUGCUGGGCAUCGGCCUUCAGACAUUCUGGUGUCCACUGGUAUCUUGUAGCUCGCAUAAACGGAGCACAAGUUAUCACGGUCCCACCCAAAUAAUUCACUAUAUAGGUGUCCACUGGUAUCUUGUAGCUCGCAUAAAUAUAGCACAGGUUAUCACGGUCCAACUCUCGCGGUAACCCUGCUGGGGGAACUUAUACCAUGAGCAUCACUCUCGCUCUCAACCUCUCUCACUCCCUCACUCCUUCCCUCCACGUAUUUACAUUACAUGUCGCUAACUCUGUGUUCUCUCUCUCCUAGUGUAUCCCUGACCCGUGAGCUGCAGGAUCCAAGCCUGCCAUUACUGUCAUUAUUAUUAUUAUUACUAUUACUAUUACUAUUAUUACCUCUCUAAAAAGUAGCCAGCCCUGCAUCUUCCUUCAGACAUUCUGUUGGAUGUCCUAGACCCGGUGAAAUAUAACUGAAUUGUCUUGGCCAGCUAUGCCUCGAUCUCCACCUACAAAACCAGUGAAUUUCACAUUCUUAACUGUAUACUACUGUCUACACUGCACUGUAUGUCUUAUAUUGUUCAUACUGCACCACCUGUCUGUCACUGUACCUUUUGAAUAUGUCUGUUAUUAAAGUGUGUCUAUGAUAGU